AUGAUAGUAACACAUGCUUUUACAACUGAUCUCAAACCAUUUUCUGAAUAUUCCGAUGAAGAAGAAGAAUUACUUUCUCCAAUUUCUCCUGGUGUUUGUUUUACUGUUCAUUAUAUGAAAAAUAAGCAAAAUAAACAAAUUAUACAUUUAGCACUUUUACAACAACAAUGUCGAUUUGAAAAACAACGAACAAGUGAUGAUGUUGAUCAUUUUGGUAAUUCUCUUUAUAAUGAUCUUCACAAUAAUACUGAUCGUAUUGGUUUUACUCGUGAUUGGAAAAAUUAA